UAAAUUCAUUAACUAGCAUUAACUAUAACUGACCAAUAAUUAAACGUGUUAUCAUAAAGGCUUUGAUAUAAUUAAAUGAGGAUUAGAAAUUAACAUAUACAUUUCUUAAACACCAUAAAAGUUCAGGAAGCAAUAUAGGCUUGGUCUUCAUAGUUUGUACUUUGGAUAUGUGUGAGGUUGUAAACACAAGAUUGCACUCACAAUAUACAGGGAAACAAUAUUUAGAUAAGAGGAUAGAGGAAAUAUGUAUUAGUCCAGUCAUUUCUAUGAAACAGACCAUCAAGAAAGCAGGACAUAAUGAACAUUUAGAAAGAAAGCAGCUGAAAAUCUGACUGGAAGAGAAUGGAUGGAAUAACAGAUGAGCACGAACAAGGCAUUAACCUUUCUGAGCUUCCUAAACUGAGACUUGUCCUGAUCGGAGUGACAGAAUCUGGAAAAAGUGCUGUUGGCAAUGCCAUUCUGGGCAAGAAAGCCUUUGAUGAGGUCGGGGUGAAGACACGAGUGUGUUUUGCACGUCAGGGUCUGGUGAGAGGACGCCAGGUGCAAGUGGUGGACACUCCAGGUUGGGAAUGGUUCAAAGUCAAUGGCUCCUCUACAUCACUAUGGUUCGUAAAGAAAGAGAUGAUGAUGAGUAUGAGUCUGUGCCAGCCUGGUGCCCAUGCUCUGCUGCUGGUGGUGCCACUGUCAUUCUCCUUCUCCCAGCGUGAGCGGCAUGCCGUGGAAGAACACAUAGAGCUGUUUGGUCAAGAAGCUUGGAGACACAGCUUGGUGCUCUUCACCAUCUUAGACAGAAAGCAAUUGCGUGGUUCCAGCCUAAAGCAAGAAGUAGAGUUGAAUGUGGAGCUGUAUAAGCUGGUUGAGAAAUGUGGAGGCCGUUUCCAUGCUUUGUACAGCAAUCCCAAAGCGGGUGAGGACCAGGUGGCUGAUCUUCUGGCUAAGAUCACGAAAAUGAUGGAGACCAAUGGAGAGACAAUGAUCUCAAGUAAAAAUGUGUUGGAAAAGGUUAAAGAAAUGGAGAAAGAAGAGGAGAGAAAACUGGAGGAAGAGCGAAAGUUGAAGGAAGAGAACCUACAGAAAGUACGAGAAGCACUGAAGGCAAAGGAGUUAAGAAGGUCAAGGAGGAGAAUGGAACAACAGACACUGGAUGGUGUGGAGCAGAAAGGAUGGGCUGGGGACAAUCAGAGCAACAAGAUUCCUCUCGAUGAAGGCGGAAGUAACUCUCUUCUGAGCUGCAAACAACAGUGAAAGCUGGAAAAGGAAAAGAUUGAAAAAGUACUCUUGCAACUUUCACAACUCACCGCCAGAGGCCGUCAUUACUUCAAAUAUGUAACUGAUACAGUUAACACAGCGUUAACUUGACAACAAAACUAACGUUAUAUUAUUUUGUGAGCGACACGCGUUUAUUGUUGGUACAUUGAUCCGAUGAUUAAUGAUUUGUGGGUCAUUCCUGCCAUUCGAUAAUAUUUCAGCUUGAGCAAACUUAAUUUUUAAAAGUGUAUUGAUUAUAUUUUAAUAAAUAACCUACAUAAUUAGGCACAAUUUAAAUAAAUUUUUUUAAAAAUCAUGUUUUCCCAGCUCAGGCAUUAAAGCCUUUAUUUUCUGUUUUAUUCUUAUUUGGACACCCUUUAUUCUCAACCUCGUAACGGACAAAACUGAAUUGUUAAUAAUAGUAUUUUACAAAGCUUUUGCUAUAAAAACCCACAUUUACCUAUUGCUCAUAUGUCAAAUAAAUGUAAUGGCUAAAAUAUACCAUUUUUAAGUUUUAGAUUUAAAUUUGAUUUAAGUUACAAUUAUACAAUUUAUGCAUUCUUUGGUCCCUUAAUUUUUUUAAAAAAGUUUUAAAUUUAGAUGUCUUACCCAACUGUCACCUCACAGCAA